GGUGGAUGAAAAAAGAGGAAAUUACUAAUAUUCGUUUAGACUCCACCAGUAAUCAAUUAGUAGUCGAAUUUAGUAAUCAUAACUCCAAAACUCUGAAAAAUAAUGAGUUGUCUGCCGAACAAAAAGAGUUACGAAACUUUUUCAUGCAAAACCCCCACAAAAAGUCAUUUAGCCGUUCUGAAUUAGAAAAAUUAGGUAAUGUAGAAGGACAAAACCCAAAAAAUAAAGGUGAUAAAGUAAUUACUGGUCUUAUAGUGACCGGAAUAAUUUUAAUGGUAGUUGCAAUUAUUGGGGUGGCCGUUUACAAAA